AUGGGAUUCACAGACAAGGUUCAAGAAAAGUUAACUGGAAAGCCAGUCCAUGACGCUGACAGAACUGGAGGAAGGACCACUGGCAAGGACAACGUGUCCGGGGAGGUCUACGAUCAGUACCAACAGGGCAACGUCAACAAGGCCAAUGCUGGCCAAUAUGCUGAUGAGUACGACAGAAAGGCUGGCCAGGCUGUUGGAAGAGAAAACUUGAGUGGAACCAACCAAGGUGUUGGAUCUAAGGUUUUGGGAGGUAGAGAGUCCCAGGGCACUGCUGGUGGUGCCUAUGGAACCACUGGUGCUGCUGGAACUGGUGCUGGUGCUGGUGCUUACGGUGCCCAGGGUACUACUGGAACUGGUAGAGAUGCUUAUGGUACACAAGGUGCCGGUGGAGACUACGCUACCACUGGAGCCACUGGUUCUCACGGUACCCACGGUACCCAUGGCACUCAUGGUUCUCAUGGUCUUACUGGGUCUUCGGACAGAGAUGCUUAUGGUGCUGACAAGCUUGGAUCUUCUGGUCAUGGAAGUUCUGGAACCCACGGCCACGGAACAGAGGCUGGCUUGGCUGCUGGCGGUGUAGGUGUUGGUUCGGCCGCUGGUGCUUAUGGAACCUCUAAGUCGGGCACUCAUGGCCACAACACUAACGACCAAUAUGGAAGCACUGGAACUGGCCAUUCUACUUCUGGUACUCACGGCACUCACGGUUCCCACGGUAUCACUGGCUCUUCUGACAGAGAUGCUUACGGUACUUCUGGUACUACUGGCACUCACGGUUCUCACGGUAUCACUGGCUCUUCUGACAGAGAUGCUUACGGUACUUCUGGCACUGCCGGUUCUGGCUCUCAUAUCCCAGGUACUCAAGGUGUUGCCGGAUCCCACGGUACCACUGGUGCUACUGGCUCUCAUGGAUCUCAUGCUCAUGGCACUGACUCCUACGGCAAUGCUGCCGGAACUGGCGCCGCUGGUGCUGCAGCUGGAGCUUUGGGUGCCAAUGCAUUGAACAAGGACCAUCACUCCUCUACUCAUGGUACUAGCGGCCAGACUGGCUACGGUGCUCAAGACACUUACGGUUCCAGCCAAGGUACCCACGGUACUCAUGGUACUCACGGCACUCACGGUACUCACGGUACUCACGGUUCUAGUCACACUUCGGGUGCUGGUAUUGGUUCCGGUUCAGGUGCUGGCUUCUCUACUGGAGACUCCUCUUUGGACAAGAAGAUUGCUCAGUUGGAGCCAAAGGUUCAACAGAAGGCCAAGGAUGCUUUCGAGAAGGGUUACAAGGACGCUGUAAGCCACACCAAGUAA